AUGGCAGUACAGUGCACGGAAGUUGCUGAUGAUAGGCCCUCGAAAAAGAAAUCAAAGUUUCUUAACCCAUUCGCGAACCUACGUUUAGGGCUGCGGAAACGAAGAAGCAGUAGUACGCGCAACUCGAGUUUCAGUGAAUCAUUUGACAGCUCCCAUGAGGAUUUGGAAGAAGACGACACCUAUGACAGCAUCAAACUUUGCGACUCCGAUUUUGACAUAGAUGAUAGUGGAAUGGAAGAUAACUCAACGAGCAAAUCCAAUGUAAGCUCCCCCUCAACGGAGGACCCCCCAGAUAAUCCCUACAAAAUAGGAUCCACGUUACAAACUACUCUUCCUCCAUUGGGGGAGGGGCAAUUUUCUACAAGAGAUGAAGAAGACAAUAAUGUAAACAUAUCAGCUGAAAGCCCAACUGACGAUAAUUCGGACUCUCCUUUGUUAAGGGGAAGUAUAAAGAAUAUAGACCCAUCUGUUAUUCUCCCCUCGUCGCCCCCAAAAGAUGAUUCACCCGUAUUGCUGAGGCGGAGAGAUAACACUAGAAGGAGCCAAUCGAAAAAAGACACCCUUAAAAGAUGGUCUGCGAAAUUCUUAAGAGGCGUUUCUCCUUUUAGAAAAAUCUCCUCUGGCACGAGUAACAAUCAUGGUAGUCAUCAGAAUGGUUAUGAGGGGGCGAGUGCAGAUGCUGAUGUGGAGGAGGGGCCUUCCCAUGAGGAAGAUUCACCGAACGAAGAGACAAAAAUGAAGGACUGGCAGAAGUAUAAAGCAGGGGGAAUAUUUGAUAUGACCGAAGAAGAUUUAAAAAGGUUUAUAACAUGUCCUAGAAAGAAGCAGAGUUUAGAGACAAGAUUUGAUGUAAGACUAAGUUUAGACGAUGAGAAUGAAGAAGCAGACAAAGGAGAAGGAGAACAUGGGGAAGAAGAAACGGAGGAAGAAAGCGAAGACUCCGUAAAAAGAAUAUACCUCUCAUGCCUUAAUGAUUUAACACGUGAUGUGAAAACGGGUGUAGUUGGGAAUAGAGAGAACGAAGGGAAUACUGUUGAGGAGGCGAGCAAUGACAUGCAUAUCAUCGGUGGAGAUUGUGACAGUGAGAAGAAAUCUGAACUGAUGAGGUUAAACACACUUUUUCGUUUGUAUGAACAGAAGAAAGAGGAAAUAAAACAAAAGAGGUUACAUCGCAAGCGUUCUGCGCACAAAUUCAAUAAUGAUCGUGAAUCGCAUUGCGACAUUCCCAACAAAGACACCUAUACGAAUAUGAAAGACAUGGUAAUGGGAGUAAAUAACAUAACGGAUAAUGUCAGUUUAGCUUCGCUGCCCAUUGAAUUCAUCGACGAGUGA